AGCUGACGCGCUCGGCGAUACCUACGAUAUCGCUAGGAGUAGGUUUUUAUCAUUAGAACGCAAAUUCGAGCGACUCCCAGAAUACAAAAAGAUGUACUGUGAUAACAUGCGUGAGUACAUUGAGCUAGGGCACAUGUCACUUAUACACACAUACACUAAGCCUUACUGCUUUCUGAUACACCACGCUGUUUUUAAGGACAGUCUCACUACACGAUUGAGAGUUGUUUACAACUGCUCAAUGCCUACUAGUUCAGGUAAAUCCUUGAACGAUUUACUGCUAGUCGGCGCAACCAUACAAAACGACAUUUUUUCUAUAUUGCUGCGAUUUCGUGAACAUAAAUACGUAGCCUGCGCAGAUGUAGAAAAAAUGUACAGGCAAGUCCUUAUUCAACCUGACCAACGGAACCUUCAACUAAUUUUGUGGCGAGAGAACCCUUCCGAGCCGCUAAAUAUUUACCAGCUGAAUACGGUAACUUUCGGUACGUCGUCGGGGGCAUUUUUAGCCAUCCGCUGUCUCAAUCAGCUGGCAAAAGAAUGUGCUGACGAAGAGGUCUCUCGCACUAUAUUAGAAGACUGUUACGUAGAUGACCUAAUUACGGGAAAUAAUAAUAAACACGCUUUAAUUGAUAUCUGUGAAAAGGUCACCGACGUACUCCAGUCAGGCUGUUUCCCACUGCGAAAAUGGGUGUUUAAUUUUGACGUUUCGCAAUUUUCCUCGUCUAAAAUAACGUCACGCGAAUUAUGUUUGGGCGAUAACUGUCAAAGUAAAACACUCGGUUUGGGAUGGACUAACAACACUGACGAGUUUCAUUACACGGCAAAGAUACAACAGGAUAAUGCUAAUGAUCCGAUAACAAAACGCAAAAUAUUAUCUGUUAUAUCACAAAUGUAUGACCCUCUCGGGCUACUUUCGCCAGCCAUAAUUAUUGCCAAAAUAUUACUUCAAAAAUUGUGGCUUUGCCGUUUAGAUUGGGACUCGGAAGUACCUAAUGACGUCGCAUCAGCUUGGCGUAAAUACAUACUCACACAUACACAACACAUACAUAGCGUCCGUAUUCCUCGUUAUGUAAUGAAUGCGUCUGCGCAUAGCACACAGCUGCACUUUUUUUGCGAUGCAAGUCAAGCGGCCUACGGGACUUGUGCAUAUGUGCGUACGGUUUCGGGAGAUAACAACGAGAUCCUAACGACCUCUCCGCAUUAACUCCAGCUCAUUUCCUUAUUGGCCGACCGCUGACAGCACCCCCCUGCAAGGACCUGACGGCAGAAACGGGCCGGCUCCCACGCUACGAGAUGCUGGAGAAAAUGCGACAACACUUUUGGCAGCGAUGGUCGAAACAAUAUAUUUCUGAGCUGCAGACCAGAACUAAAUGGCAGACGCAAGGCCAGGAUAUCGUUUUAAACGCUUUAGUUCUGGUGAAAGAAGAUAAUCUACCACCCCUCAAAUGGCGUUUGGGCCGGGUGGUAGCUUUGUUCACAGGCAACGACGGAGUGUCUCGCGUCGCUGACGUAAAAACAGCGAACGGGACCAUACGAAGGGCAUUCACCAAACUUUGCCCUCUCUUGAUGCCGCCAGAGGGCGACACUGCGCCUACCUCAUCCGCAUCACCACUACCACAUUGAAAGCGGGUGCUUUCAAGGCCGGGGGCAUGUUCGCGAGCACAGCGCCAUCUAGCGGACCUCCCAAGAAGAGGACGAGUUCCACACACGGCCGCGCGGGGGCGCGGCGACAGCCUCUCCCACUUUACCAUCCUCUACGACACGGCACACAAGCCGCUCUCGCGAUUUUUGCAAAUUUUAUAUCGAAUCGCCAUACAU